AUGCCGAAAAAAGCCAAAUAUUCAGAGGAUGAAAUGCAACUGGCUGUCAAAGCCUACUAUCAAAGAAAAAAACCAAAAAUCGCCCCAUUGGCGCGAGAAUUCUCUGUUCUAUACACAACCCUCUACGCGCGCGUCCAUGGUGGCAAGACUCAUUCCGACCGUACCGACCUUUCUAAAACACUUAGUCCAAUUCAGGAAAAGGCACUUAUUAGCUGGGUCACUUUGCUAGAUGCCAAUUAUAUUCAACCUAUACCCGAAGAGAUUGAAGAGACUGCAAACCGACUUUUACAACGCGCGGGUAUUGACAUUUCCGUCGGUCACAACUGGGAAAAGGCGCGUAUGGAUAGUGAGAGUAUUGAGGGUCUUACUCUCUGGUUUUACUAUUUCUCAAAGGUUAUGGAAGAGUACAAACUCCUACCUCAUAAGAUUUACAAUUAG